AGAGCGCGCGCGCGCGCGGGAGAGAGAGGGACGCUCUGGGGCUCGUGCGCCGUUCACUCCGCGCUCCGCUCACUUACUGUAUACUUUGGGGAAUUCGGGAAGCCCUCUUGCGGUCUUGUACAUCAAAAAGGAUAAAAAAAAGAAGACGAAGAAGGGAUACCCCUCUUUCACUCCCCAUGUCAGACUGCCAUCCGGGCAGGGAAGAGACUAACAAGGGGCAGAAAACUUAGGAAGACCCAAAUGAAUCAUUUCCAUCUUGGAUAAUAAGAGAUUUUAAAUCCAUGAAGGUUCACAACACUAAAGUUUUACAGAAGCUCCCAGGCUUUCUCUAAAAAAUGAAAUCGUAAAGACACAAUGGGUUGUUGCGUGUAACUGUUACCUGGCAGUUGUCCUGGGGAGUUCCGUUCAUUUCACAUCAACAUUUCUCUAGAGUUAAUUUUAAAAACCCCAGCCAUGAAGAAAAGUAGAAGUGUACUGGCUGUGCCUGUAGAAGAGAAAAGUAAAGACACAUUAGAUCCAGGUCGGUACAGUCGCUCCUACACGUCAGGAAGCACACUGGGAGCUGACCUUCGGAGAGGUAGACGAAAGCUGUCUGCAAGUCUUCAGGUUCCUUCUUGGAGGCCUAGAGAUAGGCCCCGGUCCCCUGAAAUACUUGACAGCAUGACAAGACCAACAACUCUGCCCCUGCACAUUCCUCCACGUAUUGCAAUCACCAACUGUGACUCAGACAGUUUUGAUGUGGAAAAUGGCCCCUCGCCAGGUCGUAGCCCCCUUGACUCGCAGGCGAGCCCAGGGCUGGUGCUGCACCCAUCGUUCCCUCAGAGCCAGCGACGGGAGUCCUUCCUGUAUCGAUCUGACUCCGAUUACGACAUGUCUCCCAAGACCAUGUCCCGCAAUUCAUCGAUCACCAGCGAGGCGCAUGCUGAGGAUCUCAUAGUAACCCCUUUUGCUCAGGUGCUGGCAAGUUUGCGCAGCGUAAGAAGUAACUUCUCCAUCCUUGCGAAUGUUACCACCCCAACUAACAAGAGGUCGCCAGUUGGCAAUCAGUCUACUGUUCCCAAGGCAACACUUUCAGAAGAAACAUAUCAGCAGCUGGCCAAAGAAACCCUGGAGGAACUGGACUGGUGUCUGGAUCAGCUGGAGACCAUUCAAACGUACCGCUCAGUCAGUGAGAUGGCCUCUAAUAAGUUCAAGAGAAUGUUGAACCGGGAGUUGAGUCACCUCUCGGAGAUGAGUCGAUCGGGCAACCAGGUAUCCGAAUACAUCUCCAACACCUUUCUAGAUAAGCAAAAUGAAGUGGAGAUCCCCUCCCCAACUCAGAAGGAGCGCGAGAAGAAGAAGAAGCAGCCCAUGUGUCAGAUCAGUGGGGUGAAGAAACUGAUGCACAGCUCCAGUCUGACCAACUCCAGUAUCCCACGCUUUGGGGUGAAGACUGACCAGGAGGAGAACCUUGCCAGGGAGCUGGAAGACUUGAACAAGUGGGGCCUUAAUAUCUUCCGGGUGGCGGAGUUCUCCAAUAACCGGCCGCUCAGUUGCAUAAUGUUUGCAAUUUUCCAGGAGAGAGAUUUGAUGAAAACCUUUAAGAUUCCAGUGGACACGUUUAUCACCUACAUUAUGACGCUUGAAGACCACUACCACGCAGAUGUGGCGUAUCACAACAGCCUCCACGCCGCAGAUGUCACGCAGUCUACCCAUGUGCUGCUGUCCACGCCUGCCCUUGAUGCUGUAUUUACGGAUCUCGAGAUUCUGGCAGCUUUGUUUGCUGCUGCCAUCCAUGACGUGGACCACCCUGGUGUCUCUAAUCAGUUCCUCAUCAAUACAAACUCGGAGCUGGCGCUCAUGUACAAUGACGAGUCCGUCUUAGAGAAUCACCACCUCGCGGUGGGCUUCAAGCUCCUGCAGGAAGAGAACUGUGACAUCUUCCAGAACCUCAGCAAAAGGCAGAGACAGACCCUGCGGAAGAUGGUCAUCGAUAUGGUUCUGGCCACCGACAUGUCAAAGCACAUGAGCUUGUUGGCAGAUCUUAAGACGAUGGUUGAGACCAAGAAAGUGACGAGUUCAGGUGUGCUGCUCCUUGACCACUACACGGACAGGAUACAGGUGCUGAGAAACAUGGUGCACUGUGCCGACCUCAGCAAUCCCACAAAACCUCUGGAGCUUUACCGUCAGUGGACAGAUCGCAUUAUGGAGGAGUUUUUCCGUCAGGGAGACAAGGAACGGGAGCGAGGGAUGGAGAUCAGCCCGAUGUGUGACAAGCACACUGCUUCUGUUGAGAAAUCGCAGGUGGGCUUCAUCGACUACAUUGUGCACCCUCUGUGGGAAACGUGGGCAGACUUGGUCCACCCAGAUGCGCAGGACAUUCUGGACGCCCUCGAGGACAACCGGGACUGGUAUCAGAGUAUGAUCCCUCAAAGCCCUUCGCCACCUCCCGAUGAUCCAGACAAGGAGCAUGAUGCAUGUCUUGACAAGUUCCAGUUUGAGUUGACCUUGGAGGAGGAGGGUGAGGACUCGGACCGCUCUGACAAGGAUCACCGUAACGACACGCAGGAUGAGGUCAACGCAGAGCUGGAAAACUCCUGCCAUUUGAACAACGAGGAAGAGGAGGAGGAGGAGGAAGAUGACAUAGCAUACACGCCAGACGAAGUAGGGCAGCGCCAAGAGGAGCAGCAGGCUGAGCCUGUAAUAGUAGUGGUGGUGGGAGAAAAUGGACAUUCGGAAGGGAGUCCGGAAGAGGAAGUAGUAGUAGUAGAAGAAGAAGAAGGAGACAACACAUCUUCUCCUGUGGAAACAUGAGCCUGGUUUUUUGGGGGGGUGGGGGGAGGGUGGGGGUUGAAGGACCAUUGGGUGGGGCAGGGUUGUCUUGAAAGCAAGUGGGUGUCCCCCAGGACAAUUAAAAAGAACAAAAAAAAAUAUUUUUAAUUUAUUUUUUAAAAAGGGAACAAAAAUAAUACAAAUUACACAGCAACUGUAGAUUUCGAAUGUGGGAUGGUGCCACCUUUCCGGUGGACACAGGAAACCGAAGAAAACGAGGAACUAACUUUGGGCCAUUUGAGGAGCUGUAGCACUCUGGAGAUUAUAUCUAUUCAUAUAUUUAUAUAUUUACACACAUGCACGCUGACGCACACGCACACACACACAUACAUAACGCUGUAUCCCUAUGUGUGUCUGUGAGUGUGCGUAUUCACACAGGAGAAUGGGAUUGGAUUGCAACCGUGUAUAGAACAUUGGCUCAGAAACGAAGAGGUUAUUGUAUUCUUGUGGAUAAAGCCAUUUAACUCAAAAAGGAUUUACUUUUCAUCACAAAUUGUGCAAAACUUUCACGACAAAAAUCAACUAAAGCCUCUUCCAUUGACAUGAACAGGCAGUGGCGCCUGGGAACUCCGACGUGAACUGCUGGGCCGCAAGCUGCCACUGACUUUGCCGGUGUGAACGUUCACCUCUGAAAUGGAGCAGCACCCUCUCCCUGUCUCCCCUCUUCUUCAUCUUUUAUCCCGAGUGUUACGACAUUAAAUGGCCGCGUGCCUUUUUCUCUGCAAGCUUUUGGGCUUGUAGUGAUGGUCAAGCAAUGAAAAAUAGAUGGAGGUUUUUACUUUGA